UGGGGUAUUUGCAGGAGAAACACUCUCUUUUCCCUUACAUUCAGUCACUUGCUAGCGAUGAAGCCGCACCUCCUCGAUGCCUUGGAGUGUGCCGAGCCUAGAGGCGGCAGGUAUGAGCAUGAACCGCCCGGUGCCCGCCGUAUCCUUCCCCACUUUUACUUGAAAUUUGGACUUAUUUUGGAUACUGAACCGAGAAAUCGUUUCACGAUAACAGUGUUAAUAGGGUGAUGCAGUGGUAGACAGAGCUUCUUGCCAGUCUGUCUCUCUCUUUAUCGAGCCGGCAUCUUCAGCUGUUGCUUUUGGUGAGAGGAUAAGGAGUCGGGAGCCAAAAAAAAAGAAGAAAAAAAUUGAAAGAUGCGAGAGCUUUUCAAGCAGUAACGAUUUCGAUCCUUCGCGGAUGCGAGCAGAGGCUAUCAACGAGCCUUAUUAUUAUUUUAAGCUCGUUGUCGGAGGAACCGUGCCAAUGGAGAAAGCUACUCCGCCGCCUCAGCCCCAGCCCCAGCCCCAGCUCCAGUUGUCGAUAACAAAGACUGAAAGUCCGGCGGAGGACAUCUCAAACCUGACCGACGAAGAGCUGCUAAAGUGGACUAAAGAGGAUCUGGUGCGGCGGCUGAGGCGGUCCGAGGCGGACAAAAUGAGCGUUAUUCUCGACCGGGAUCUCAUUCGGGAGGUCAAUCGCAGCCUCCAGCUGCACUUAAACGAGAUCAGGGGACUGAAGGAAAUUAACCAGAAGCUGCAGGAAGACAACCGCGAGCUGCGCGACCUGUGCUGCUUUUUGGAUGACGAUCGUCAGAAGGGAAAGCGUGUAUCCAGGGAGUGGCAGCGCCUGGGCCGCUACAGCACCAGCAUCAUGCGCAAAGAGGUGACACUCUACUUGCAGAAGCUGAAGGAGCUGGAGCUGCGGCAGGAGGAGGUCGUCCGGGAGAACCUGGAGCUGAAGGAGCUCUGCCUACUCUUGGAUGAGGAGAAAGGUCUGGCAGGAGUAGGUGGUGUGGGAGGAGGGGGAGGUAUUGUAGGCGUAGGGGUGGGAGGUUGCCGGAGCUCGAUAGACAGCCAGAAUAGUUUACUGCUGGUGCCUGGCACAGGGCUUCUGAUGAGGGACAUGGGCGAUGGGAGCAGCACCUCCAGUGCUGGAAGCGCAGAUAGCUCCGAUCAUCCCCACCAUAAGCAGCCCCACCUAGCCGGGGGAAUCGGUGGAGUUGGUGGUGGUGGGGAGAAACGGAGUCCAGAACUCCUCCAUAAGCCCAGGUGUAGCAGCAUCAGUGGAAUAGGAGGAGGAGGAACUGGAGAAGACCGGGAGGUGUCCAGCCCUGAGCAUCCGGCUGGGCGUCACCGGAGCACCAGCCUGGAGUACCCCUAUGCUCUGCCCCAACCCUGCCGGCCUCGCUGCGGUUCCAUCUCUGUACCUGACCACAGCCGCGUCAUGCGGGGCCUGAGCCCAGAGAAAUAUGGAAGAAACGUUGGCCGACGGAGUCCUGAGCAGCACCCCAAGCACCACAGCUCUGAUCUGCUGCUGGGCCAGAAGCAGCACUAUCUGGGCCAGGGAGGCAGCGGGGAGCUUUAUCAGAGGCACCAAAGGGGCAGCAUCAGCAGCAUUGGCUGUGGAAGCCCUGAGCCCCGACAAGCACACUUAGGGACCCCUGAACACCAUGACAAGAGUUGCAUGAUUCAAGGAGGCAGCCCAGAAACUCACAGGCACCAAUACAGUAUGAGUCCUGACCACAUGAAAUUCAGCAGCCCUGGUAGAGAAGGACAGAGGAGGCCGGCUGGAGAUGAACUAUCACCGCACCAUAGAAGUAUUUACAAUGGCAUGAAUGCUUUGAUAUCAGCUGGCUGCUGCACCAACAACUGCAGAAAUGUCAAGCUCUGGGACAGCUUUGAUGCCUCCUCUUGACCCCACUGUGUCCUAGCUUGGCCAGCCAGGCUCCUUAAUCGGGGGUUGGCUUUACAGCGGUCUGGCCCUCCUGCAUCUCUUGACGAUGAUGGACAAAAAGGCCCUUUGAUACCCUUAUCGUCUCUGGGCGGUCUGUCCCAUCACUACCCAUUCCCAUUGCCCUGAAACAGCCUGCCUCCAUGUUUUCACUUCAA